AUGUCGAAGAUAACUGCCACCAACCCGCACUCCUCAAUUGAGGUCGACCCCGGCUAUGACAAGUCUGAAUCAUCGGACGAGGGCUAUAAUAGUAGCACAAAGGGCUCAACGGAUUCUAUCAGUUCCAGCAUCUAUGCCUACCGCUACGAGAAUGGCCGCCGCUACCACGCCUACUGCGAAGGCCAAUACCCCCUCCCGAACGACGAGACCGAGCAAGACCGCCUCGACAUAGUCCACCACAUUAACCUCCUGCUACUCAGCGGCGAGCUCCACGUCACGCCGCUCUCUAACCCGCAGCGCAUCCUCGACAUCGGCACCGGUACCGGCAUUUGGGUCAUCGACAUGGCCGAGCAAUACCCGUCCGCGAACGUCAUCGGCACCGACCUCUCGCCCAUCCAGCCGUCGUGGGUGCCUCCAAACGCAGAGUUCCAGAUUGAAGAUGCGGAGUCAAAGUGGACCUGGAGUUCAAAGUUCGACUUUAUACAUUUACGCACCCUGAACGGCAGCAUCACGGACUGGAGGCGGCUGCUGGAGCAGUCGUUCGAGCAUACCGCGCCCGGCGGGUACUGCGAGGUCGACGAGUAUGAGAUUGCAAUGUUUAGUGAUGACGGGAGUCUCGCGCCAAAUAACCCGAUGAAGCGCUGGAAUGAGCUGUUUUCAGAGGGCGUGGCGAAGUUUGGGAAGGCGGUUGAUGUGCCGGGACUGGGGAGGAUGAUGGCGGAGGUGGGGUUCGAGGGCGUGCAUACAGAGUUGUACAAGGUGCCGAUGGGUACGUGGGCGAAGGAUAAGAAACAGAAGGAGCUGGGCGGAUUUUAUCAGUUGAAUGCGGAGUCGGGAUUCGAGGCGUAUGGGAUGGCGCUAUUCACGAGGGUGUUGGGUAUGCCGGCGGAGGAGGCGGAGGCGGUAGUGAAGGCUGCGGAGAGGGAGGUGAAGAAUAGAAAAGUGCAUUCGUAUGUAAAGAGAUGGGUGUUUUAUGGCAGGAAACCGGAGGAGGAGGAUUGCUAG